CCCAUGAGGCCAUGACCCAUCUCGGCAUUAUAACGAUUACGAAUAAAUUUCGAUAAGAAGAACAGAAGAAGUAAAAAUAAUCAAACAAAGCUGUGAUUCUCACACAGAGCUCAAGGAUCUUCUCGCAAUGGGUUCUGUUGACUUGCCUUCCGCUUUAUCCUUCAAGGGUGGAAGUGAAAUAUUUCUCCAGGAUGUGUUGGAAAGUAUACUGAAAACGUAUUUGAGGAAGAACCCGAUGGCAAAGACGAUAUGGGAACUAGUAAAAUCGGUGGACAACGAAAAGAUCUCCUACGACCACUUCUUUUUCAGGACAUUUAAGGUCGAUGGUUACGGAAUAGAUUCCUUGUCGAGUUUAUUCAUCGAUUAUGGAUAUAAAGUUGGAGGCAGACUUGAUUUUCCAAAGAAGAAAGUACAUGUUCUCUGGCUUUCUCCUCCGGAUGUUAACGUCGUCGAUAAUGGUUACGGUAUAGGCAAUGGUCCUCUGCCACGACUUGUUAUAGCUGAGCUGCUCGUGGAUGAACUAAGCCGUGAAUCGCAGGAGAUCAUAAGGAAGUAUUUGAAACCGGAAGGUGGUAAGCAAGCGGUUCUUUCAAGUACUUUGGGGUCUUUAAUUUGGGAGAAGCCAACAUCCACUGAUUUCAAUCAACUUGCCAAAGAAAGUGAAUUUGCGGCAUGGACGCUUGUCUACGGCUACACGAUGAACCAUAUUGCUUUCGCGGUUCAUCGUCUUAAAUACCGUUUUAGUGACAUCAAAUGCAUCAAAGAGUAUUUUGAAGAAAAAGGAUUUGAACUUAACAAGGACGGAGGAGCGCUUAAAGUGAGUCAAGAUGGUCUACUGUUACAAGUGUCAGCAAUGUCGGAGAAACUUGAUGUUGAAUUUGCAGACGGAGUAACUAAAACUGUCCCGGCUUCAUUCAUUGAGUUUGUUGAACGUCUAAUUCUUCCACAGUUCAAUGAUAUGCCACAUGAUGAGAUCAAAGAGUUUCAUAGACGCGAGGGCUUAGAGCAAGCUAGCGCCUGCCACAUAAUGGAAAGCACCCGUUUCACAGCAUAAGUAUAGAACCAGACUUGUCUUGUUCGGCUUAAUAUGUCAAAUAUGUGUAAUAUUUAAACGUUGGUAUGUCAUUUGGACCAAUUGUGUGUGAGAUGUUAUGUAUUGAUAUCCAUCAAUCAAGUUGACACCUACCUUUGUCUUUCAGUUCAA